AUAAACCCGGGCACUUCCGGUUGUACCUCAUAGCUUCUUGCGGAGCUUUAUUCUGGUUGCGGAUUAGUGAGUGCAGUAAGGAUGGUGACGCAGGAGCCGCCCCGCUGUUGUGGCUAUUUUAAUAUCCGCUCGGUGGUGCUGGGGGUGGCCGUGUACUACGUGUUCGUCAGCCUGCAGUCACUGGUAUGGCAGACGGUGGCGGUGAUUAAAUGCGGCGGAGUGUGUUCCGGGCCCUGGAGCUCGGCGGGGCCCGUGGCCGUCAUGUACUCUCUGGCCUUCAUCCUGCUCCUGCUCAGCCUCUGCCUGUUGUUCGGAGUCCUCCGCAGGCGCCCGGGACUCCUCCUGCCCUUCCUGGCCUUCCAGAUCAUCGACUUCCUGGGUUCCCUGCUGCUGUUCUGCGGUUUCUUCGUGCGUUUCCCGUCGGAGCUGCGGAUGAUCAGCACUAGGCCUUAUCUGCCCGGUCAGGACGACACGGACAAGACGACGGUGGCCGGGGGGUCGUUCUUAUUCAUCACCCUCUACCUGCUGCUCCUGCUGUUGAAGAUCUACCUGAUCCGCUGUGUCCUCACCUAUUACCGCUUCCUGCUCACCCGGGCCGCCCCGCCGAGCGACAGCGAGGGCCUGGCCGUGAUCGUGGUGCCCGGACCUGAGAAGAACCCCCUGCUGCUUCCGUCUUAUGAAGAAGCCAUCAACAUGCCCAGGAAGGACAGCCCCCCGCCGCCAUACAACCAGGCGGUCCAGCCGGAGAAGGACGCCGUGUAAAGCCGCAGGUGUGCACUGUGACCAGGGAACCAGAAUAAAGGCCGCACCUUUCUCAGCAGACAUUGUAGUCAGUCAUCUGUUCCUAUAAGUGACAGGCACCUGGCCUAAGGGGCAUCUCUCCUAUGGGUUUAUCCCUCCCCAUUUUGCCCCAGCACCCACUUUCCCCAUGGGUGAUGCCCUUAGCAGACUAAUGCCAGCUGGAGACUCACCAGACCCCGAAUUUUCAGUUUUGUCCACUCUAUUGGUUGUAAUACUUGCACUAUGACGUCAUAAAGGAUGUGCCAUCCCCUGUGACUGUCUUUUCAUUUAAAGGGAUAGUGACCGUGUUCAGUCCUGAUUGUAUGUGGAGUGUUAUCUAAGGCUGAUGUAGUAGCCAUGACUAGUUCUUUAUAGGGGUUCUAUACCUUUUAAUAAAACUAAGGAAAUGUAUGAAGUGCUGGACAAAUUCUGUACUUUAAGGAUAUUAACCGUUUAGUUUCCAUAACAGUCAUGUAGUAAUUCAGAUCUGUGUGUGAUGGACCCCUUUCUAGGUGACUGGGUUGUAUUAUGGGGUUAGGCGGGUACAGGACCACUAUAGAAGAGAUCUCUUAACGGUAAACCUCCAGAUGUUCCAAAGCUACAAUUUUGGGCAUGAUGGGAGUUAUAGUUUUGCGAGGUCCACCGUAUGGAGACCAAGGCCCUAUAGUAUAUCCUGCACUUUAAUACAGUAGCCUGUAACUAUGGAGAACGUCGAAGGAUGGUUUCACUUUUAUAUUCAAGGCGAAUGGAGGAAGAGAUGAUCACGUGUUGUCCUCUUUGAUCUUAUGCCCAGUGGAAAUGGGACCACUUAGGGGGUAUGAUGAUGAUGAUGCUGCAUGGCGCUGGGUCACCCUUCCCUUAUGCUACCCUUGUUCUGUGUAAUAUUGGGGUGCUUAGAUUUGUGUUAGGGGUGGGGUCAUUUGGAAGUUGCGUCUCUUAUGUGUGUGUUGUUAUGGAAUGAUUCCUUAGUGUCCCUGUCAUUGCAAAAACAACCUUGACAUGUCAGACACAUACCGAAAGUCUUGAUCACUAGAGGUCAUAGUGCUCAGACCACGACCGAUCCGUAGACGUUGCCAGGGAAAGAAAGUACAAGCUUCUUUCUGGGGAUUAUAUAGAUAUCGGUCAAGGCCUGAGCACUUAGUGGGAGAUUUAUCUCUAGGUAGAUUUGCUAAGUUGCCCAUAACCAGUCAGCGCUUUUUUUUUUUCUUUUCUUUCUUUUUUAUUAAAGGACCUCUGAAAAAUGAAAGUGAUCUGAUUGGUUGCUACGGGCAACUCAGCAACUUUACUCUGGACAAGUUUUGAUAAAUCUCCCUCCUUAAACUCCAAGCGAUUAAUACUUUUAAAAUCUCUGUGUUUUCCGAACAGUGUGCCUCCACCUGUUGAAAAACUUCAACUCUGGGCAUUGUAGUUUUGCAACAGCUGGAGGCACACUGUUCUAACAUGUCAAAAGGGACACUUUCUAAUACCCAGUAAUACAUCCUAUUGUCUAAGACUUUUCUAAGAUCUGUGUCCUGUCAUGGGUUUAUCUGUAGACUAUGCAAUUCUAUCCAGAUAAGACGGUGGUCUCAAGCCCUCCAGAUGUUGCAAAACUUCAACUCCCAGCAUGCCAAGACACCCUUUGGCUGUCCGGGCAUGCUGGGAGUUGGAAAUUUUGCAACAUCAGGAGGGAUGCAGUUUGAGACCACUGAGAUAAGACAUCAUUCGUUUGGCCGGUCAGAUGAGCAGAAUAGUCGCCCACUGCAUAAUUCACCAUUCUGCACAUUUGAUGUGGUCUUCAAACCAUGUCCUCCCAGAUGUUGCAAAACUAAAACUCCCAGCAUGCACAGCCAGCCUUUGGGCCAGCUGUAUGGUGCUAGCUGGCGCCACGAACACUUGUUUUUGGUUUGUUGACUUGCUGAGCCACAGACAUUACAUAUUUGUGACUCUUUUAGGACCCACCAAUCCAACCCCUCGUGAGCCUGUAAACUGUGCCUUUAUAAAGCGGAGACUGUCACAUGCCUAGCCUCGGCUUACCGCGCCUGGCUUGUCACAUGACUAGGUGGCAGUGGAUAUAGGACUCGGACUGAAGGUCACCUGUAUGGAUCCUUGUUUUCUGGCAGUAGAUUAUUACUGAUUUUCUGGUCUAAAUCGUGUGCAUUGGCUUCAGUGUAAUUCUUAGUGUUUCCUGAAAAAUGCAUCUGAACGGAAUAAUGAAAUCAGUGUUAAUGGGGGAGAUUAAUCAAAACGUGUGCAGGGCAAAAGUUGAUAGUUGCCCAUAGCAACCAAUCCGCUUGGAAAAGUAAAAUAUGAAAUCUGGUUGCUAUGGGCAACUGGACGUUUCCUCUGCACAGGUUGUGAUAAAUCUCCCCCAAUGUGUUUUUAACUUGACUUUUCCUUUUUAAUAUCAGGCUGAAAUUCUGUUUGUUAUAAAACCACAUCUUUCCUGCAUAAUACAUUAUCCUGGCUACUCGGUGGCGGUAUGCUGUCGCUGGAGCACGCCUCAUUACCUAUACCCGCUUACACCAAAGAUUGUGUUUCCUAUCAAAUAUUAGCAGUAUGUUUAGCUUCAAAAAUAAAAUAUUUUUCAUUUGUCUCUGUA